CACUCGCGUCGCGGGGCCGUGGUAAGGCCUCCAGAGGAUGUCAUUGCUGUGGUCAUGGAUCUCUUCUCUGAUGGCGACAUCUUCCAGGACAUUGUGGAUGCUGCCUCUAAACGCCAGGUCCCUGUGUACAUCAUCCUGGACGAGGCAGGCGUGAAGUGUUUCCUGGAGAUGUGUCAGGGCCUGGAGCUCACUGACUACCGUAUUCGGAAUAUCCGUGUCCGCUCUGUGACAGGUGUCGGCUUCUACAUGCCCAUGGGGAAGAUCAAGGGGACCCUGUCGUCAAAGUUCUUAAUGGUAGAUGGUGAAAAAGUAGCUACAGGAUCUUACAGGUUCACCUGGAGUUCCUCCUAUGUGGACAGGAACCUUCUCCUCCUCCUGACAGGGCAGAACGUGGAACCCUUUGAUGUGGAGUUCCGGGAACUGUAUGCCAUCUCUGAGGAGGUGAACUUAUACCAGCAGCUGGGCCUGGCAGGAGGCGCAGGCAGGUUUGGCCUUAACUAUUCCUCCACUGUGGCUCGAAAGCUUAUCAACCCCAAGUAUGCCCUGGUGUCCGGCAGCCACCAGCCGCCAGGGGAGAUGAUGCGCUGGGCUGCCCGGCGGCAACGGGAGGCUGGCAGCAGCCCAGAGGCGCAGGAGGAGAGCAGCAGAGGCGAGUCAGCCAAGCGCCUGGAGAACUUCCUGAAUGACCUGGUCACGCUGGAGCAGGUGCUGCCCCCCGUGGAGCCCAUACCCUCAAGAGAUCUGAGUCGGAAGGAUGUCAAGAUGGUCUCUCACCUGCACAUGGACCUAAAACCCCGAGAGGCUCUUGCCCAAAAUAGCAAGGGAGAAACUGCCAACGGGGAGGUUGCCCCGGCCAAGGAGGGCAAGCGCUUUAGCUGUAGGUUGUUCAGCCGCCGGGCCAAGAGGCCUGCAGCGCCCAACGGUAUGGCCAGCUCCCUGUCCACCGAGAACUUUGCUGAAGUGGAGUUUAGAAUGGGGAAGAGGCCCAACGACAGCUCCAGUGCUGACACCUCAGCCCUGCUACAGAGCCUGACAUACUCUGUGCUUCUUAAAGUGAGGACAGGCCUAAGAGUCUCGGUGAACUUGGGCCCAGCAGAAGAGAAGCUCCAGUGCUGUGCCACUAUUUGGCCAGGAAGCAUUUCUUGA